UAGUAGCAUUAACAUCACACCCUCUUUCUCUCUCCUGUUCUUUCUCUCUCACGCAUACACACCAUCCCACGCCCCCUUUCUCUCUUCCCAUUUUUUCUCUGUGUUUUUUAAACAAAAGAUAUAAACUGGUAGUAUUAUUUCUUUUGAAUGUAUGAUGAAAAACCCUGAAAGUGGGUUUUCCGGAAUGGAAUCUGUGUUCUCAGGAUUUGUGCUGGACCCUGAAAAAUGUAAUCAACUAAGUUUGGAAGAAAAAAGAAAACUAGUCCACCGAAUCGCUCAUUGGUCAGAAGACGCCCCAAAGAUUCUUAGUUCAUUGACUCGUAAAGAGCUUCUAGAAAUCAUAUGUGCCGAAAUGGGCAAAGAAAGAAAAUAUAGCGGAUUCACAAAGCUUAGAAUGAUACAACACCUUCUAAAACUUGUAUGCAAAAACACCAAAAAGCCAACAACCGAAACCUCCCUAGAUUUUUCACCAUCUAAGAAGCAAAAACACGAGGCUCAAGCCCCGCUUCAACUACCUAGUACCAAUAGUACCAUGUUUGAGAAUACUAGAAAAGACCAACGAGUUUGUCAAAAUCUAGCAUGCAAAGCGAUUAUGUGGCCUGAAGAUGCUUUUUGCAAGAGAUGUUCUUGUUGUAUUUGUUAUCAGUUUGAUGAUAAUAAGGAUCCGAGUUUAUGGUUAACAUGUGAUUGGGAUUCGGAUUGUGGUAGUGAAGGGGACGAUCAUGAGCGGUGUGGCAUGUCGUGUCAUUUGCAGUGUGCGGUUGGUCAUGACAGGGCGGGCAUAACAAGUGGUAACUACCCGAAGUUGGAUGGGGGUUUUUAUUGUGUUUCUUGUGGGAAGAUAAAUGGAUUAAUGAGGACAUGGAGAAAGCAGCUGGUUUUUGCUAAUGAAGCGAGAAGAGUUGACGCAUUAUGUCUAAGAGUUUCCCUAAGCCAUAAGAUUCUUGAAGGGACCCACAAACAUGAAAAGCUGUUAAAGAUCGUUGAAUCUGCAGCAAAUAUUCUAGAAAAUGAAGUGGGACCCAUCGGUUUAGCCUCAGUGAAGAUGGAUCGUCGCCUGGUUAAUCGGCUCUCAUGUAGCACUGAGGUUCAGAAGCUUUGCGCUUCUGCAAUUCAAGCUUUUGAUAUGUCGUCAUUGUCCUCCUGCUCAAAUUCAACCUUCCAACCAAACACAACCCCAACAUGUCGGAUUUCAUUUGAAGAAUCAACACCUACUUCAACAACAAUUGUCCUAGACUACGAACCAAAUUCAUUUCAAGAUUUCUUCGGGUGUAGAAUCUGGCACAAAAAGUCAACUCUGAAAACAUAUCCAAAAGAAGCAACAUACAUUGUUCUAAACCCUGAAAAAAGAUUCAAGAUCACAAAUCUUGACCCAUCAACCGAAUAUUCAUGCAUGGUUUCCUUUUUUAGCAACACAAAAGUCGUUGGAUUUUGGGAGUCAAAAUGGACCACAUACAAUGCCACCAACACACAAACCGAUUCCACAACCGAUUUCCCUUGUACUCCGUGCAAAUCUGAUGGUACAAAAAAAGCGGGACCCACAAAGAAAAACGAGUAUGAAUAUGCGGUUGGAGUGAUUAAAAGUUUGGAGGAUGAUGGGUUUUUGAGUAAAGAUUUUAGAGUGAAGUUUCUUACUUGGUUUAGUUUGAAAGCAACAAUGCAACAAAGAAGAGUUGUGAAUGUUUUUGUGGAUGCGUUGAUUGAUGAUCCCCCUUGUUUGGCUGAGCAGCUUCUUGAUACGUUUUCUGAUGAGAUUUGUGGUCAUUAGAUGUGGAACUAUGGUGGUAGGGUUUGAAUUGGUUUUUUAGUUUAUUUUUUUUUUCUCUGAAAAAAAGGAAAUGUUUUGGGACUUGAAUAUGAUUUGGAUGAAUGUAUAGCUAACUAGUGAGGUC